CGGUUAGUACGCAUGCGCCAAGAUCUGUUUACAAAACGCUCGUUAGGGCAGAGACGCUGCUUCGCUUCAUUGAUUCUGUAAAAUCUUGUUUGUAGUCAGAGGGUCAGACUUUUGUCCAAGGUCCCAAUGCUGGCUCUGUCCAGGUGUUCGGGAGCUCUGAGGUGGAGACUGCCCCUGCGCUGCUCUGCCCUCUCUCUGGGGAGCACUACCAUGAGCAGCCAGCCCUCCACCGCGGCCGGGCCCCAGUUUCUAAGAACCCAGACUGCUCUGUUGCACCAAAGUAAAGCCAAAGCCAGCCCUCACCCAAACAAGCCCGCUACAGUGUUGUCCUCUGAGUCGGGACUGGAGGGGCGGCUGUUUGGCAUGGGAAUGUGGUCGUUGGGUCUGGGUGCUGUUGGAGCUGCGCUUGCUGGGAUCUUCCUGGCCAACACUGAUCUGUGUCUGCCUAAAGCUGUACAGGCGUCGAUGGAGUACCUUGAAGAUGCUGACCUGCGCUCCACCAUAGAUGAUGACAUCAUCAUUAAAGCAAAGAGCCUGUGGGAGAAGAAUGGGGCUGUAGUCAUGGCCGUACGACGACCUGGAUGAUUUUUGUGCAGAGAGGAGGCCUCUGAGCUGUCCUCUCUGAAGACCCAGCUGGAAGAGCUUGGGGUCCCUCUGGUCGCUGUGGUGAAGGAGAACAUCGGCACAGAAAUCCAGGACUUCAGACCGUACUUUGCUGGUGACAUCUACAUAGAUGAAAAGAAACACUUCUACGGCCUGCUGCAGAGGAGAAUGGGGGGCCUGGGGUUUAUUCGCCUUGGAGUGUGGCAGAACUUCAUCCGGGCCUGGCGGUCCGGUUACCAGGGCAACAUGAACGGCGAGGGUUUUAUCCUGGGGGGAGUGUUUGUCAUCGGAGCAGGAGACCAGGGGAUUCUCCUGGAACACCACGAGAAGGAGUUUGGAAAUAAAGUGGAGACCGCAGAUGUUUUAGAGGCUGUUGAGAAAAUUGUGCCAGUGAAGUAAUUUUUUUUUUUUUUCUAAAACAAA